CGUAUACAGUCAAUACGGAACUGUUGUCUGCUGCCCACUACAACUACAGUAUUCAUACAGUUAUUGACAUAUCGCGUUUUGCAAUCCCAACUUCCUCUUGCUCUCUAUGACUGUGUGAUGUUUGUCAAGAGUGGGCAUGUGUUAUAGCUGCCUGCAAAGUAGGCUAGACGUCAAAUGAAUCUAGAGCUCUGAAGAUCGGCGAUAUCAUGGAAGAAUCAGGGGCCCUUAUCCGCAAAAGAAGAGCCACUAUAUCCACUGGAAAAUGUGUUCCUUUGAAACAAGUGAAUGGGCGGUCAGAAGUUGAUGAAAGUGUUAACGGCCGCAGUGACAGCGGCAACAUUGUAACGAAGCGAAACGUGUCCGAUUUGCCUUCUACCACGUCAAAAGAAAGGAAGAAACGAAUAAAUGUUCCUAGUGAUAGACAGAGUUGCCACAGGUUGCAGGAGUCCCUGUUGAGCUCUGCCAGUGGUUAUAGAAACUACAGAGGAGUCCUCAACUGGUGUGUUGUCAUGCUGGUCUUAAGCAAUGCCCGUCUGUUCUUGGAAAACCUUUUAAAGUAUGGCAUUCUAGUGGACCCAAUACAAGUAGUUUCUCUAUUCAUAAAGGACCCCUACAACAUGCCUGCAGCGUGCCUUGUUAUCGUGUCCAACGUGUUUAUUGUGGCAGCUUUGUACACAGAACGAAGGCUCUCAGUGGGCUGCUUCAGUGAACGUGUUGGGCUGCUGGUUCAUUCCAUUAACCUGUCAGUCACACUAUGCUUCCCGGUGACUAUCGUACUAAUGGUGAAGUCCAUUACUCCAGUGGGUGGAGCGUCUGCUCUAGGAGUGUACACCGUCCUCUUCCUGAAGCUCUACUCCUACAAAGAUGUGAACAAGUGGUGUAGAGAGAUGAGCCAUGCUAAAGCCCGUAGCCUGGCCCGGUCCCUCUCAUGUUCCUCUAUACCGCGGUCUGGGGAAAGUGGACAGGAUUAUCAGGUCUCCUAUCCUGGAAAUGUCACAUUCAGAGAUUUGUAUUAUUUUGUGUUUGCACCAACCCUCUGCUAUGAAUUAAACUUCCCCCGGUCUCCACGGAUCCGAAUGAGCUUCCUGCUAAGGAGGCUUUUUGAGAUGCUGUUCUUCACCCAGUUAUUGGUGGGAUUAACACAGCAGUGGAUGAUACCCAUUAUUCAGAGUUCUAUGAAGCCAUUGGAGGAUAUGGACCUGCCUAUGAUGAUGGAGCGUCUACUCAGACUAGCCGUGCCCAAUCAUCUUCUCUGGUUGAUAUUCUUCUACUGGUUCUUCCACUCGUCAGUAAGAUUGAACUUUAUUGCUGAGCUCCUGCAAUUUGGAGACCGAGAGUUUUACAGAGACUGGUGGAACUCUGAGACCAUCACAUACUUUUGGCAAAACUGGAAUAUUCCAGUACACAAAUGGUGCCUUCGCCACUUCUACAAGCCCCUGCUGAAGAGUGGAGUCAGUAAGUGGCUCGGCCAAUCAGCAGUGUUCCUUGCUUCAGCCUUCUUUCAUGAGUACCUGGUCAGUGUUCCACUGAAGAUGUUGAGGCCAUGGGCUUUUAUGGGCAUGAUGGCUCAGCUUCCGCUGGCCUGGUUUGUGGCGCGUUUUCUCCGAGGUAACUAUGGCAACGCAGCCGUAUGGCUCUCUCUCAUCAUUGGCCAGCCAAUCGCUGUGCUCAUGUACGUCCACGACUACUAUGUACUUCACUACAGAGAGGGGUCAGCGGGGGGUGGACCUGAAUGACCUCCUCAGGGGAAUAUAUACCAGACCAGCCUUUUAUAGGAAAGACAAAUAGAGAUAGAAAUGUACUGUAUGCUACUUUAUGGAAGCACCUUAAAGGGGCCAUCAGCAUUUGCUACAUCCAUUUUUGGACUCAUACAUUAAUGAUAUGUACCCAUCGAUUCUUGAAGACCAUAACUUAUAAAUGCCUCACCAGCUUAGUUUGACUGUCGUUCCCCAUCACAAACCAAAAUAUAGGAUUGUUUUACUCCAAUAUUUGUAAACAAAUCAAAUGUAAACAAACACUAUAUAGCCUCAAAACAUGGUUAAAACUAUAUUUUUUUUAAAUCAUGGAUGGUCAAUCGUUGCAUCCAUAGUUCUGUCCAUGAAUUUGAAAGUGAUUACAUUUCUCCAGUCCCAUCCCUCAGCUUUUUACUGAACCAGGGGUGGGGAGGCAGCUUGGUUAUUGUUUCAACUGCUGAUUGCCACUUUAAAGAUAACACACUUGUUAUAGAAACAAUCAAUUUACUUAGUGAAUAUUAGAAUAUGCCUUAUUGAAACAUGUCUGACAAGUGCAAUUUUCAAAAAGUGCCAGUUUCUCAGAAAAUGUACACAACCAUGACAUGUGUGUUUGUAAGAUUUAUGUGUAUUUAUGCCACUCAAGCCUCAAUAUUUUGUCAUCUUGUUUUACUUGGGUACGUAUAGAGGGAUAUGUAUAGAUACGAAAAUGGCAGCUGUUGAUUCUUGACUUUAUUCCAUUAAUUGGGUCAUUAUUAUGUUGCCGACAGAACUACAUGGACAAGUAAAUAUAUUUCUCUAUUUAUGUGAA